AUGGCCAACCCGAGGUACCACAACGCGAAGGUGGACGCGGGCGACGAUGACGUGGACAGGGAGGAUCUCCUGCGGCGGUUCAACUGGCAGGUGUCCUGCGCGGGCGUCAUAGAGGAGAUCAGGCGGCGGCGAAGACAUGAGGACGCGCUGGACAGGCACAAGCCUAGGGCAUGGUUAGCGGCGAGGAUGUUUGUUGGAGGCCCAUCAACCAGUUCCUUCUACAAACUCGGUCUGUCAUGUGUGCCGGCCGGCAUCACCACCAGUCCACCACCACCACCAUGGCCGCCGCCGCAACCGUCUCCUCGUCGCGUCCGCCUCCCCUCCUCCAACGCCACCUUCGUUUCCUUCCCGCGGCGGCCGCUCCCCGCCACCACCCUCGCCCUCUCCCACCCCUCCCAGCUGUCCCUGGUGCCGGCGGCCAACCCCAAGUACCACAACGCGAAGGUGGACGCGGGCGACGAGGACGUGGACGGGGAGGAGCUCCUGCGGCGGUUCAACUGGCAGGUGUCCCGCGCGGGCGUCAUGGAGGAGAUCAGGCGGCGGCGGAGGCACGAGGACGCGCGGGACAAGCGCAAGCGCAAGGCGCGGUCGGCGGCGAGGAGGUUCCGCCGGAGUUCAGUUUAA